AUGUGUUCUUCUUGGCAUAAUAGAGUUUUAAAUUAUCGAAACUAAUCAACAAGAUAAACAAUAUGGCGUCGAAAGUAAACGAUGGCAAAGUUGCUUCAAAACAAGAAGCACUAAAUUCUAAGUUAGUUGAGGCUUCAGAAAGAGGAGAUGUUAAUCAGGUCCGAGAGUUGUUAGAACACACAAAAGUCAAUCCAGAUGUCACAAUCAAAAGAGAAGGCAUUGCCAAGAAUUCAUUGCACCUGGCUUGUUCUUAUGGCCAGAUUGCUGUUGCUUCACAACUACUGAUGGAAGGAGUUGACCCUGACCAGGUGAGUUCGAUGGGACGGACUCCACUGCAUGAUGCCUGUGUCGGCGGCCAUAUUGAAUGUGUGGAGUUACUUGUGGAACAUGUUAAAAACAUUAACAGAGGCGACAAAGAUGGGCUGACUGCUGCUCAUUUGGCAGCCUAUAAUGGAGAAACAGAAUGUCUUAGCAUUCUCUCCAUAAAAGGUGCUAGAUUAGUGGCAGAAGACAAGAAGGGGAGACAACCAGCACAUAUGUCUGCUAUGCGGAACCAUGUAAAAAUUCUAAAGCUUUUGUUUGACCUUGGUGUUGACCUUGACUGCCGAUGUGAAGCUGGAAGAACACCUCUUCACUAUGCAAGCCAGUAUGGAGGACUGGCAUCACUCAUCUGCCUGGUGGAGCGCGACUGUGACACAAUGAUGGGAGACAAUGGCGGGUGUCUGGCAGCUCACCUGGCAGCCAAGUGUAACAAGAUUGACUGUCUGAGGUUUCUCGUCAAGCAGGGAACCGGUCUGGAUGCUGUGCAGGGAGAAGGCAAAGCCUUAGCUCAUGUGGCUGCAUAUCACGGAUCUGGCCAAGUUCUGCACUGGUUGCUGGAAAAGGGAGCAAACCCAAACUUUCAAGACUAUUAUGGCAAUACCCCGGGUCACUAUGCUGCUGAGAGUGGGAAAGCGGAAUGCUUGAACUGUUUCCUGCAGCACGAUGGUCGGAUGAACAUCGAGAACCUAGAGGGCAGCACUGUGUUUGAUACAGCACGGAAACACGGUCAUCCACUUCUCGUGGAAAAAGCAGUGCGUAAUGAAGUGACGUGCCAUUUGUGUUAUUAUCACCAUGAGAAAGAACAGUGGGAAAGAAAACAUCAGUCAGCUCCAGUCCAGAAAGCCAUGUCUAAAGCCAAACUGACAACAUAUGUGUCUCCACUGCCACACGUCAGGCAAACACCAUCUCAGCUACAGAUGAAUUUGAAGAGGCGAGAAGCACUACACAAAAGCCAAGCCAAGAAAUUACCUACUCGAGAUCUAGCAGCCAAAUAUUACGGAAAUUUUCUUGAUCCUAACGAAACAUUUAAGUUUCACUUAUAAAAUGUUUACUACAUGUUUCUCUGUAUACUGUCAAACUUUGUUGUGUUCAUGUUGAAGGAAGUGAACCAAACAGCUAGAUAUAGCAGUGGGUCGAGAUAAAUGCAAUAAGUCUUCGUGAGAAGUAUGCCACGAGACAGAUUCUUGACGUCAACACUUCCAGGACUAACAAAAAACCCAGGUCAAAAUAUUAAAGGACGUUUGACUUUAUUUUUAAACAGGUACCUCAUUCCCAGUAAUGUUUUUAACUUCCAUACAUUUAAAUUAUUGUACAUGUAUAUAUACCUGCUUAACAACUGCCUCUGUUAAAUAAAUACCUUUAGAAGUCAUCAUAUUAUUGUCGUCGUUGAACUUCUCGCAUAUUAUACAUACCUAUAUUAAGCUACCACCAUUGAAAUAGAGACAACAUUUUGAUGCUUAAUGCAGCUUUCACUGUGUAAUGCAUAUAUUAUGUACAUUUAGAAUAAUACGUUUUGAAAAUGCAUUGUAUUGUGAUUAAUUCAACAAAUAUACUUUAAUAUGAAUGUUUACCGGUACACAUUUCUUACAUCUUUUUAAAUCGGUAAUCAAUUUUGUCAAAUCCUAUGGGUUUCUGGUCAUCCUAAUGUUGGUAGCACCUCAAAAUCAAUUUAAAUGCGGAACACAAAAGGUGCAUACCUCAGAAACAUGGAUGAUCAGGUUUAAGGCAAAUAUUUCCAUAUUUAAUAAAUUUCAAUGUCAAUCUGUAAACAUUCCAUUCGUUUUGUAAUAUUUUUAUUUGGUGGGUUGUGAGCACCAAAACAAUUGAUCCUACAUGAACAUUUGUGUGAGAGUCCUAAACUGUUUGUGUGUGGGUUUUUGUAUAGAGAUCUAUAAACCAGUACUGAGUGACAGGUUUACUGAUAUUGCUGAGACAUUUGGUGAGGAAACACAAGACACAUUAUUAUCCAUAUGGUUCAAUAUAACCGAGUUAAUAUAUAUCAUACGAAGCACACGUGUAAUAACAGGUGUGAUGACAUAAUUUUGGGCAGCGACGUCAUAACAGGAUGUUGCUUCUCCAG